AUGUCAACUCCUUUUGCGCUAGGGAGCCCAGGAUUGGAAACCGUCGACCAAUUGGAGGACGAGACUUGCUGGGCAGUGCAGCAUGACAACCUAGGAUCUACGUGUGCCAAAAUCUACGUUGAAAAUGUGUACUUCGAGGUCCCAGUUUUGGAUAUUGGAGCGCUAUGCACAUCUUGGCAAAACCACAAGGCGCCAUUCUUGCCUGAAAGCCCACUCCACCAUGCUUUGAUUCUUGCAACUGUGAUGUGGCUGGAUAAGUCUACUCUGAUUCGUCACGGGUUUACGAGUCGCGAGGAAGCUUUUGAUGUUCAUUUCAAUGAUUUGAAGAAUUGCAUAGCACAAGACACUGAGCCCUUAACAGAGGUUCAAGCUCUUCUUCUAGCUAUUUAUUCCUUAUCCUGCUCCGGCAUUCGAUCUGGGAGAGACCAAUCUAGAGGAUGGCUACAACGAGUCGCCGACCACCUCAAACAGGAUCUCUCAAGAAAGACCAAAUCGAAAGUGGCAAAAUGUUCUUCCCUGAGACGACGUAUAUGGUGGUCAGCUUUUAUCGCUGAGCGUCUUCACUACUUGCGUUAUGCGCUCGAGGAGCAGACAGAAAAUUUGAACCCGUCAUUUGAACUCAGUCGGCAAACAGCUAUGCCGUUGACAAUGGAGGAUAUAGGGUCUCAGUACUAUUUCAUGGUCGGAGAGACUGCAGACGAGUACUGGUGCAGACUGCAGAAGACAUCUUGCUUUCUCCAACGAAAGCUUAUCUGCGAGCAACUCGAUCAGAUAGUCUGCAGCUCGAAUCCAUUACAACCCCCUGAGGGGAUCACACCGGACACAGCGAAAAAGAUCUCGGCGGUAGCGUCGUCUGUGGCGUUGUUCAAACAUGAUGUCUAUUUUGCCACAUUACAAUCGCUAGGCGAAUUCUUCCGGCUUUACCAAGAAGGGCAAGGUAGGCCGGAUCAGACUGAUUUGAUGAACGACGGUAACUGGGCGUUGGCAACGUUGCGGCUCAGCAUAUCCUUGCUCUUCGCUCGGGCCUUGCUGGCAAUGGCCCGGGUACCUAUGAAUACCUCUGGGGUCCCAACUAGACAAGUUCAUGUAUGGGAUAUUGUGAGAGACAGCAUUGUCAGCGAUAUGGCCAGGAUAAUUAUUCAAGGGGCAACAGGCGCCUUGCACCAAGUCAAUAUCAAUGAACUCCACAGCACAGCCUCCAUUCUGCCUUUGAGAGCCGUUCUAUGUGCAACCAGGGCAUUCCUCUACCUGUCAAGCUCACGCACUUCCAGGGACUACUCCUCCAUGAGAUCUCAGCUUGACGUUCUCCUGGGGACGUGUAUAGCGGCUAGCGAUGAACUCUGGACAGAAGGCGCAUUCAUCGAUGGGGAUAGUACACCCUAUCUUCUCCCUGAGCUCAGCACCAUGGCAACAACUCCAACCUCCAGCUCCGCUCCAACACCAACCGGCGAAGAUUUUGAAAUGUUAAAUGGGGCGAUAGAGGAGAAGAGAGAGUUGAUGAAUAGUUUCGACGAAUUAUGGAAUCCACCGAAGCUUGAAAACGCAUCACCGAGUAGUAUUAUAAAUGUAAUCUAG